GCAUCACAACAUAUGGACAUGUAAAUUUGGCGCGAAUUUUCCGCUUUGGAGCCAAAUUCUUUUUAUCGUUCCUGCCAAUCAAGCUUAAGUUGCCAUGGGGAACAAUGAGUUAAUAAUUAUGCGUGGUGAAAAAGUGAAAAAACAUUAAAAGUUCGUUCAUAAGCACAUCGCAACCGAUAAUUUAGUGGUCGCGCAACGAAUCGGUCAGUUAAAAGUUGCAAGUGCGCGUCGAAUGUUGUAAAGAAAUGAGAGAAAUGGAUCAAAAUAUUGCUCAAAGAUGAUUGCCUACAGUGUCCAACAAUACACUUCUCAGGAUAACACAGUUGUUUACGGCCCUAACAUUGUAGCUGUUAUUGCCAGCAUUGUUUCUCUCGCAAGUAUAGUAGUGUUGUGUAGCUGGUGUUACAAAUGUUGGAAGGGGUCAGAAGACGACAAAGAAAGCACUGGAAGUGGUGAUUACGAUUCGUCCUCGGACUCUCAACUGUAUGGCGUUCCCGGACACAAAUACCGUGCAUUUGCCAGAUAUUCAUCGCUGUCAGACGUGUCACCGCCUGAAAAAAGGCUCGAAUCACCCAUACUCGGUCAUCAGAAAAAAUCUUUGAAAUUUUCUCAGCCCCCUCCACAAGAGUACGACGUCCAAGCGCCCCAGCCCGAUGUUUCCAAUAUCGUGAUUCCUCCCGAACCACCCUUGAUCGAAACGUCUUCUAAAGAGGACCUUGGAAAGCUUUACUUCUCAAUUACCUACGAUUCCCAAGAAAUCGUUCUCUCGUUGAAAAUUAUUAAAGCUUCUGGACUACCCGCCAAAGAUUUUAGCGGAACCAGCGACCCCUUUGUAAAAAUUCUGCUUCUUCCAGACAAGAAACACAAAAUGGAAACUCGAAUCAAAAGGAAAAAUCUAAACCCGACUUGGAACGAAGUUUUUAGAUUCGAAGGAUUCACACACAGCAAGUUAUUGAGUCGAACGUUGUAUCUUCAAGUACUGGACUACGAUCGUUUUUCACGAAACGAUCCGAUUGGAGAAAUCGAAAUCCCACUCAGCGAUAUUGAUUUGGGGCCCAUGACUCUCACAUUUUGCAAGGACCUACAGCCCUGUAAACGCCAGGAACACUUGGGUGACCUCCUAAUCUCGAUGAUGUACCAACCAACAAACAACAGAAUUGUAGUAGUAGUCAUGAAAGCCACAAAGCUAAAGAAGAUGGAUGUCAUUGGAUCUUGUGAUCCAUAUGUCAAGAUCUACUCUAUGCAUGGAGGAAAGAGACUAGACAAGAAGAAAACACCCAUUAAGAUGAGAACGAAGGAACCUGUGUGGAAUGAAUCCUUCAUAUUUUAUGUCCCAGUUGACAAACUAAGAGACAUAACAUUUGUUUUCACUGUGAUGGACUACGACCGUAUCACACAAAAUGAAAUGAUCGGUCAGGUUAUCUUAGGAUAUCGCACUACUGGGAGUUCAUUGCGACACUGGACUGAAAUGAUGGGCAACCCCAGGAAGCCUGUGGCCCAGUGGCAUAGACUUCAACUUUACUAGACAAAAGCCAAAAAAAUAUUAAUUCUGUGGUGUAAAAUAUUAUAAUAAUAAUUCUACACUGCGUGUGUAAUUUCACCUCCUACAUCUUUCGUCAGAUUUCAUCCACACCCAGACAAAGAAUGAGUAAUAUUUAACUUCUAAUCAAGUUUCAUGUUACCACAAAGAUUUACACAUCAACACUAAAGUAACUGUAGUAACAUAAUAUUCUUCUGAUAAUUGAGAAUAUCCACAUGCAGGGCAGUUGACAGAUUACUAGUAACCUCGAACAGGGUUCAUGCAAGCCAUUUAAUUUGAUCUUUAAAAUUUGAAGGCCUUGAAGGUAUUUUAUUCAAAGUGCAUUUGUUUAAGUUUUGUUCUUAACAUCUUUAACUUAACACUUAUGGAUUUCAUGUAGACAAGAGUUUCAAUAAUGGACUGUUUAAGACCUCUGAUAGUGCAUUCAUGUAGUUUAAGCCUUCAAUGUUCUUCCCAAAAAAGUAUGAACCUUGAGCCUUAUGCAUGUUCUCUACAGACCUGUUUAUUGUUCUCUGAUCAUUGAAGUCCAUCCUAGCCAAAGGUCAUUUGUUGGUACAAGGGAGGUAAUUCAAGGUAGGCAAUUCCCAGUUAAAGAGUUUCUCACUGUACAUGUAGGUGGAGAUAUUACACCACAAACAUUACAAGAUGUAUAAAAAUUUAAAAAGUGGUAUUUUCAAUUAUGAUACUAAUUUAAAAGACUUGAGUGCUCAGUGGUGAAAUAAAUUAUAUUGUUCAUGGUUGUUCA